AUAUCCCCCAACCUAUCCCUCACGGAGAAAGCACCAAAAGGGCUGUCGGCUCUCCACAAAGACCAUUAUCAAAAUCAAGAAAAUAAAAUCAAAAAUAUAAAAACGAUCCUCAAAAAGUGUUACUUCGUGCGAGUGAGAUAAAACCAGAUAAACAUACAAACCCACUAGUUUGUCUGCCGGCCCUUUACCUCCAAAUCCAAAGUGAAAAAACAGAGGGUCUCUGUUUCCUCUGUUUGCUCCACCAACUCAACUACCAUCAUGUGUAACCUUCGAUUUCUUCAAAACGCCAUAAUAGCAAAUACCAUUAUUAAGGCUUUAAAUUACUAGCCGUUUUUUUUUUUUUCCAAAGUCACCGACAACAAUGAAAACCGUUUCAAGGAACAAGUUUUUACAUUGUUUUAGACCCAUGAUUGAUAUGGAUGUUAUGCUCGACUCCAAAAGCGUUGUUGAUCGAUCGGCUGAUUUGGGUUGUACCUGUAUCACCCCAGAAAACCAAAAGGGUAUGAAAGUUUCGCCCACUAAAUCUGCGUUUUCGAAUAGUGGGUGUUCGAUGAAUUCGGAAAACUCCAUAACCCUUCAACCUCAGAAGCGGAGCUUUUCUCGGGUCAUUAAAGCUGUGUUUUUCGAAACGAUUUUGGCAAAAAGAGUUCGUGAUAGAAAAGGGUCUCGAUCAAACAUUAUGUUGUUGUCAAAGAGUAGUAGACAAAGAUCUUCGGAUUCUGACAGUGACGAAUUGAUGAAUUUGUCACCGGCGAACAGCAAUUUCCAAUUCCAAGAGAUCGAAACCAAAAUGGGUCUGUUCCAUUCAUCAACGUCGUUAUCAAAUUCGACACCGGAACCCAAAAUUUCAUCAAGAAAUUCGGUGAAACAAAAGUUGGAAAAGCAGAGGAACCAUCAACAUCGGGAGCCUGAAACGAAGUCUGAAGAGACAAAUAAGCGUUGCUCUGUUUUAAACUCUGGUUUAUUUUUGCUUCUCAUUAGCCUCACGGUCACAGUGUUGUGGGGUAGGAUCUGUGCGAUACUUUUCACAUCGAUUUGGUUCUAUUUUCUUUCAUGUUGGUCUCCGGAGAACCUUCGGUGUCGGCGGACGGAAAGUGUGAGAAAGUGGCCGGAGGAGAGAGAAUCGAAGGGUUACAAGAAAAGGGUAAUAAUGGAAGGGCUGCUCCAAAGGAAGCAUAGCAGUAGCAGAGAUAGCAUUAAAGUUUUGACGUGAAAAUUCUUUGUUUCGUGCUUGAUGCAGCUUCCUCUGGUUCGCAAAAUUAAUAAAUUUUUUUUUCUUUUUUAAAUGAGCCACAAGGAGACAAGCACGUGAGUUUCUUGUAACUUUGUUCAUUAACAUUUCUUGUGGUGGUGGGGGAGAAAAUCAGAAUGUUCUGUUUUCCUUUACUUGCUAGUGUUUCCCAGUUUCGUAGUAGUCAUAUUUAGGAAGUGUAAA